AUGCAAUGUUACAACGAAGCGAUCGCAGCAUUAAACUCGCUCUUGUCUUCCGAGACCAGUGUGCAUUGGGACGUCGUCCUCAUCUGCUGCGUCAUAUUCAUCACCAUUGAGAAUCUGAAUGGGCGCAGCGCCGAGGCUGCUUGUCAUUUGCGCGCUGGCUGCGGCAUCCUCAAACGCUUCGGCCUAAAUGAUACGCGAGCCACGACGGACCUCAUGAGCCGCGGCAACACGGACGGCCUUUUAUUCACUCUGCAAGAUAUGCUCUACUAUUUUGGGCAAUAUCUGGCCAUGUUUAUUGGCGUCGACGCUUUUGCCGACUUGGACUUUGACGUGCCUCUGCUCAGCAUGGGUGAUCCCGAGUCGCCGUUCACCAGCCUCAAGGAGGCAGAGAUGAUGUUUCAGAACAUCGACCGCGCGUUCAACAUACGAAUGUGGAAAUCAAAGGCAUACUCACCGCGGCCAGCCACCGUAACAGACAUCUUCGCCGAAAGGACAGAGAGCCUCGAGAGCCAAGGGCCUGCGAUGGACCGCACCACGAGAAGUGCGGCCAAGAUGGCUGCGAGAUCCGACCUUGCCGUCUGGCGCCAGCGCUUCCAACCACUUACACGACAAAAAAGCCAAGAUCCGCGGCACAUUACAGCCCUCGCCCUCGACUAUGCAGUCUGGAGUAUAAUAGUCAAUGCACAAAGAAUGACGGAGGAUUUCGGAGUGGCAGAGUGCGACGGCGCACUGCGCCUGGCCGAGGAGAUGAUUUCCAUGGAUGCAACCAGCGCGCAUCCACGAUUCAACUUUGACGGCAAUCUGGUUUGGAUGCUGUGGUACAUUUGCUUUGGCACAAGAGACGCUGGGAUACAAAGCAAGUGCAUCAGGCUCCUGCGCGCCGCGAACAGACGAGAAGGUGUCUGGGACAGCUACGAUGUUGCCACCAUCUGCGAAACCGCAGUCGCGGCCCUGAAAAACAUGCUGCAUGUUCACCUCCAGGGCUUCUCGCUGGAAAGCGUGCAGGACAUCGCAGCCGAGGCAGCCACGAGAAAUGGUCGAACAUAG